AUGGCGCACUGCCUCCGAAUCCGAAGGUUGCAUCAACUGACCACACCAACAAAAUUCGUUACCCACAGCGAGAUAUCUCGCGCACUAGAAGUUGCAUGCAGGGUGGUACAAAAGAGCACAUUUCCCAACGAAUAUAGCUCAUUAAAUAAAAAUAGUCCUAUCAACAAUUCUAGCAAACUACUUCCCCUAUCCCCUUUCAUGGACAAGGAUGGACUAAUACAGGUGGGGGGUAGGUUAAAAAAUUCCGACUUACAACCUGAAGCGCGACAUCCCAUAUUGCUCCCGCGCGAUCAUGAAUUAACGAAACGCAUAAUAAGGCAGGAGCACGUGCGUAGCUUGCAUGCAGGAACGCAUGCCACCAUGGCAACUGUCAGACAGCGUUUUUGGCCUCUGUCUCUUCGAUCGGCCACACGAAAAAUCGUUCGAAAUUGUAUGAUAUGCUUCAAGGCUAAGCCGAUUCAGUCGGAAGCCUUAAUGGGAUCAUUACCUACUAGUCGCGUUACCAUUUCCAGACCAUUCUCACACUGUGGCGUAGACUACGCCGGUCCAGUAAUUUUAAGAGAGGGCAAGCGACGCAACGCCCGCAACCAUAAAGCGUACAUUUCCAUAUUUGUGUGUUUUGCCACUAAAGGAGUUUACAUCGAAUUAGUAAGCGAUUUAACUUCAGAAGGUUUUAUUGGUGCGUUGCGACGAUUUAUUUCUCGAAGAGGUAAGCCCUCCUGCAUAUACUCCGAUAAUGGUACCGCAUUUGUCAGGGCGCAGAAACAGCUCAAAGAGCUUUACGAUUUUAUAAACGACAGCCAAACACAAGGACACAUACAACAAUUCCUUCGCGAGCAUGAGACGAGCUGGUGUUUCAUCCCGCCUAACGCACCUUAUUUUGGCGGUUUGUGGGAGGCCGCUGUAAAGUCAGCCAAGUACCACAUGGCUCGGAUCAUUGGCAAAGCCCAUUUGACCUUUGAAAAAAUGACGACAGUACUUUGCGAGAUAGAGGCAAUCUUGAAUUCGCGACCGCUCAUGCAACUCAGUGCCGACCCAAACGAUUUGACAUAUCUUAGCCCGGGACAUUUCCUGAUUGGCACAGCGCUAAACAGCCUUCCUUGCCACGAUUUGCACGACACCAACGAGAACCGGCUGACACGCUGGCAAAGAGUGGAGCAACUACGGCAGCAUUUUUGGCGAAGAUGGAGCCUCGAAUACCUCCACUCGUUGCAGGAGCGAACAAAAUGGAAGGUCAAUAAGGGCAUACAAUUAAAACCGGAUCAAUUGGUACUCAUAAAGCAGCAAGGCUUGGCGCCAUUACAGUGGCUGUUAGGUCGAGUGCAAGAAAUCCACACCGAUUCCGAUGGCGUUGUGCGGGCCGCCAACGUUCGAACAGCGAAGUGGUCGUUCAUAAGACCUUUGUCCAAAUUCGCGAUAUUACCAAUAGACAUUUAA